AGACACCUUUGCCCCAUGACGUCAGCGUGGCCUUGCGCAGACCUGGCCAGAAGAAUCCCGGGGCUGCCAUGUUCUCCCUGCCCGCCCUCCCCUCCUGGCUCCCCGGUCUCCCCUCCCUCGAGUGGGGCUCCAGCCUCCUCGACAGCUUCCUGCAAGGCCUCAUCGGGGCCUGUGGGGUCUCCAUCCUGAGCAACCUCCUGAAGGUCUACUUCUUCCUGGGCUGUGUCAAUGAUGCCGCGUGGCGACACCAGAAGGAGCGGCUGCAGGCCCAGUGGGCCUUGCUGGAAACGGUGCAUAUGGCAGGGCUGGCCCUGUUCCUGGCUGUCGUGGGGGUCCGGGUGGCCUCCCUGGUGGUACUCGAGUUCUCCCUCCGUGCUGUAUCCACGCUGCUAGCCCUGGGCAAGGGCCCACAAGAUGCCAAGGACAGGCUGCUGCUGUUCCUGCUGUGCCAGUACUCGCUGGGCUGCGGGCUCACCUGCAGCCUGAGCUUCCUGCACGAGGGCUCUCCUCACCGCACGCUCAACCUGCUGCUGGGCCUCGGCCUGGCCACGCUGCUCGCCUCGGGUGCCCGGUGCCUCCGCCGCCAUGUCUGCCGCCUCUACGAGCUGCACAGCGGCCAGCGCUCCUGCGGCAUCUGCCUGGGUCUGCUGGCAGGUGCCCACGGCCUCCCCUGGCUGCUGGGCCGUGCCCUGACCAUGGCCUUCGCAGUGGGCAACAUGGCGGCGGUGGCUCUCAUCAACCAGGACUUUUUGACCACCUCGGAGGCCAUGCGUUUCUGGAUGCCACUCACCAUCUGCUACACACUGCUGGUCAUUUACAUGCAGGAGGAACAACGGCACAGCCCGGGCCUGCAGGGCCAAGUGCAGACAGUUCUGGUGCGCAUGGGCAGCCUCUUCGUGCUGCUGCUGACCGUGGGCCGCUGGCUGGACCUCCUGGGCGUGCUGGUCUCACUGCUGGGGGAACUCUGGUGCCUGGUGGGCGUCCGCACGCUGCUCGACCUCUGCCAGGCCCAGGAUUUCCCAACCCAGAGGCCACCAAAGUCAACUCCAAGCCAGGCUCCACCCUCUGCACCUGCCCAGCCCCAAGAAACUACAUCCUCCUGACCUACGCGCAUCCUGGAGGACUUAUAGUCUGGCUGCUUGGCAAGGCCUUGACCUCGGGACACUGCUUAGAGACAGAGCAACAGGGAAGAUGCUGGGGCUCCAGGAGACAGGGUUUGGGAUGGAGACCCUCGGAGAGAGACCCUCAAAGACCCCUGGGUUAGUCCCUCAGGACAGGCAGCAAGUAGAGUUACAGGAGCCCCAGGUGCCCCCUUUCCCAGCCAACCUCCAUUCUGCAAGUAAUAAAUGUGAUCAUUUGG